CGCGAGGCUUUCCGAUCUUAAAAAUAAGAUGCUCAGCUAUUCCACUGUUUGACAUUUUGUAAACGUUUGUUGUAAGCGAAUAUGAAUAUGCCGAAACUUCAUUUUGCAACACAUGUAUAUUAUCAUUGUGAUUAUUGAUGGACUACCCUAAAGCCCAAUGUAGAUGGGAAGACGCACCGAGAUAUUCAUUUAAGGUAGUAGUUUUGGGUUCAGAAGGUGUGGGCAAGACCAGCCUUUUAAAACGACUCAAGUUUGACAAGUUCGAAGGCGAUGCUUCUAAUACUAUCGGAGUAGAUUUUUUAACUCACACCAUCAACACUGGCAAGGACAUGGUUCAGUUAACGCUGUGGGACACUGCUGGAGAAGAGAGGUUUAAAUCUUUGACUAGUCAAUUUUAUAGAAAGGCUGAUGCGGCCAUAAUUGUGUUUGAUUUGACAUUUGCAAGAUCUUUUAAUGAAGCAAAAGAUUAUUGGAUUGAUGCAUUUAGAAAGGUUGUUGGAAGCUCGGCUUAUAUUGCUCUUAUUGGGAAUAAAAGUGAUCUAGAGACAAAACGCGGAGAGUUUGCUGAUCUUAAAGGCAUUUAUGCAUUGGAAACCAGUGCAAAGGACGGUACUAAUGUCCAACAUCUGUUUAAAGAAAUGGCAAUGAUUUUAAUUGAGAAUGUCAAUCAGUUGCAGAGCUUAGACUCUGGUCCAGACAGCUUGUUCAUGCACAACGUUCCUGACAACUCCAGUACAAACUAUUACAAUUGUUGCAAUUAUCAAUAAAUAUGUUGAGCUUUGUAGUACUGGUAAUAGCAUGGUUUCAAACGCUGUUUGGAAAAUAUGCCAGAAUAAGUUUCUCAAUGUUUUCUUUGAAGAAAGAAAAGGUUGGUAUUUUUUUGGACAAA